AUUAGAACUAAUGGAUAAAACCACAGAGGAUCCUCCUUGUGAAGACAUUCAUAAAGAAGACUGAAACAGCGAAGACUCUAAGCUAGAUGAGGAUAAGGUUAAGAAGUUCACUACUUUGAUUAAAGCUCUCACUGCUCUUAGAAUGAGUAAGCAAGAUAAGACUCCUUCAGAAGUAAUCCCAGGAUUGUAUAUUGGUUCCAUUGGAGCUGCGAUGGCUAAAAAUUUGCUUCAAGAGCUUGGAAUUACACAUAUCUUGACUGCUGCAGCUAACUUAAACCCUCCGUUCCCUGAUGAUUUUGAAUACAUGACAAUUCCAGUUCUUGACAAACCUAAGGCAAACCUUAUGAUUUAUUUUGAGAAGACUAACAAAUUUAUCAAGGAAUCUUUGGAAGGUGGUGGAAAAGUUCUCGUACACUGCUUCGCUGGUAUCUCUAGAUCGUCUACCUUCUUGCUCGCUUAUCUUCUUGGUGUCAAAGAGAUGAACCUCGCAGAUUCGUUUAAACUUCUGAAAGAGAAAAGAGACAAAUGUGAUCCCAAUGUAGGAUUCAUGAUUCAACUAAAAGCUUACGAAAAGACUCUUUUUGGAGAAUGAAGCAAAUUUGAUUGGGAACCCAAAGAACUAAAAAAACUGAAAGAUAAAGACGAGGAUAAAGACGAGGAUAAAGAUGAAGUUGAAAAAGAGGAUUAAUUUCAAUUAAAAGUUUGUACUUCGG